GAUAUGUCCAGAAGGAACUACACUGAAGUAACUGAAUUUAUCCUUUUGGGUCUAACGAGCCGCCCAGAGCUGCGAGUUGUCUUCUUUGUGCUGUUCCUUGUGGUCUACGUCGUCACUGUGGUCGGAAACCUGGGCAUGAUUGUUUUAAUCAGAAUUGAUUCUCGACUUCACACUCCCAUGUACUUCUUCCUCUCAAGUUUGUCCGUGUUAGACCUGUGUUUCUCCACCAAUGUCACACCGAAAAUGCUAGAGAACUUCUUAUCGGAGAAGAAGACCAUCUCGUAUGCUGGGUGUUUGGUGCAGUGCUAUGUUGUCAUUGCUGUGGUCCUUACAGAGCACUGCAUGUUGGCUGUCAUGGCAUAUGACCGGUACAUGGCCAUCUGUAACCCACUGCUCUAUAGUAGCAAGAUGUCCAAGAGUGUCUGUGUCCGUUUGGUCAUUAUCCCCUAUGUCUAUGGCUUCCUUCUAAGCAUAAUGGAAACCCUGAGGACCUAUAACCUUUCCUUCUGCGGUGCUAAUGAAAUUAACCAUUUCUACUGUGCUGAUCCCCCUCUUAUCAAGCUGGCGUGCUCUGACACUUACAGCAAAGAGCUGUCCAUGUACAUAGUAGCUGGCUACAGUAAUGUCCAAUCCCUCCUGAUCAUCCUGACAUCCUACAUGUUUAUCCUUGUUGCGAUCCUUAAAAGCCGUUCUGCAGAGGGAAGGAAAAAAGCCUUUUCUACAUGUGGCUCCCAUCUCACUGUGGUCACCAUCUUCUAUGGGACCCUCUUCUGUAUGCACAUGAGACGUCCCACUGAGGAAUCUGUGGAGCAAGGUAAAAUGGUAGCUGUGUUUUACACCACGGUGAUCCCCAUGCUGAACCCCAUGAUCUAUGGCCUCAGAAACAAAGAUGUGAAAGAGGCCUUGAAAAAAGCAAUAGGGAAGCAAACUUUAGGGAAAUAA